AUGACUACCACUCCUCAUUGACUGGCAGUGACCAAGAGUGCUACUCCAGGGAGGUGCCGGUUGUCCACAUCAAGGUCACCCUUCAGAAAAAGCCAAGCAAAGAAGGCACUUAUGCGAAGGGUCAGGGUAAUAAAGCUGGAUCACAGCAAGUCCAGGACACCAAACCUAAGUGAGGGGAAGUGACAGGAGGUUGACAUCAUGUUCUUUAGCCUGAGGGAACUGACGGCCUGGCUUGGGGUCACCGUCUUGGAGGUGUUCAUCUGGCUGACAGCUCUGCUGGUCACCCUGGUGUUGGUGGUGCUACGGAUGGAGAAUGUGAUGCCGUCUGUCAGUUGGUGGCUGGUGAUCAGUCCAAUGUUCAUCGCUGAUGCUCUCAACACUUACUUCUGUGUCAUCGUGCUCAUCCGCAUGUACCUGGAUGGGGUGUUCAAGCCGGCUGCCCUCAGGGCACUGUGGAGCUUCUCGGUCCUCACUCUUGGCUUCACCUUCAAGUUCCUCCUCUGCCGCAAGCUGACAGAUGGUUCCCAGCUGGAGUACUCCGUUGUCAUGUCCCCUGUGUUUGUGCUCCUGCAGCUGAUAUUGAUACGGGCGUGUCACCUCAAGUAGUUGGUUUGUUAAUACAUUUCUGUGAGAAGCUAAUGGGUCUUGAAGUAUUCCUGGUGGUGAAACUGUACCUUCCCCUGCUGUGUCUUCCCUGCCAGAGUGGUUGGCUGUUAUGUUCCUUAUGUUUGUGCUCCUGCAACUCAUUUUGACAAGGGCAUAUCAUCUCAAGUACUUGGUUCAUUAAUUUAUUUCUGAGAAUUUGUUACUGUAAAAUGUUUCCUAAGUAUUCCCAGUGAUAGAUUUAUAUCUUCCCAUCUGGAGUGCUCAGCUGUCAUGCCUCCUGUUUGUGCUUCUAUAGCUCAUGUUGAUAAGGGCGUGUCAUCUCAGAUGGUUUAUCAGUCUGUUUCUAUGAUGACUUGUUGCUUUAAAAUGUGUGGUGAAACUGUACCUUCCCAUCUGGAGUACUUGGUGGUCAUGUCCUCUGUUUGCACCUCUGCAACUCACUUUGAUAGUUGGCUUAUCAGUGUUUCUUUAGGAUUUUUUACUGCAAAAUGAUUCCUAAACAUCACUAGUGGGAAAAUUGUAUCUUUGCUAUUCCUUCUCAUCUCUGUGCUCCUGCAACUCAUUUUGAUAAGGGCAUGUCACCUCAACUAGUUCAUUUAUCAGUCUGUUUCUUUGAGGUACUAAUUUGCUCUUUCAGUAUUCCUAGUGGUGACAGUGUACCUUUAUCAGCUGUCCCUUCCCUUCUGGAGUACUCAGUCAUCAUGUCCUCUGUCUGUCUAUUUCUCUAAGGACUUCUUACUGCAAAGUGUCUAAGUAUUCUUAGUGGUGACAGUGUACCUUCAUCAUCUGUCACUUCCCAUCUGGAGUACUCAGUCACCAUGUCCUCUGUCUGUCUAUUUCUCUAAGGACUUCUUACUCCAAGGUGUCCAAGUAUUCCUAGUGAUGACAUUGUACUUUGCUAUAAUUCUUGGUUCUGUCUCUCAAUACUUAAUUAUUAUAAAUUACUGACAUUUCUUUCUCACGUACUCCUUUACUCUGCUCUUCUUUCUUCCAGAUUAACUGCACAAUGAUGCCUCAGAUUUGCAAUAUCAUUAAGUUACAUCUCAAAGAUUGUGCUCAUUUCAAAUGCCGUUCAUGUUGUCUUAUAUGCUCUUGUUCAUAUUUUGAAGGAGAAUGAAUAUAUCUAUAAAGCUCAAGAGUCUUACUUUGGGGAGAUGGAAUGAGGGAUUGUGUGUGUGUGUGUGUGUGUGUGUGUGUGUGUGUGAGGUAGAGUAGCAUAAGGGAUAUUGGAAUGUUGAUCUGAGUUGUGAGCUUUGUAAGUCUUUAAGAACCUUGUACCUAUGGUAAGAGGGAUUCACUAAACACCUUCAAACUUC